AUGCCACGGAGCGGGAAAAUGCGCGAAGUGAUAAGUUUACAUGUUGGCCAAGCCGGUGUUCAAAUCGGUAAUGCGUGUUGGGAGUUGUACUGCCUGGAGCAUGGUGUUCAACCGGACGGAAUGCUACCAAGCGAUGAAAGUCUCGGUAUUGAAGACUGCUCUUAUAACACAUUCUUCAGUGAAACACAAGCUGAUGAGGUGCGCAGUGGGACUUAUAGAACGCUGUUUCAUCCGGAACAGCUCAUUUCUGGAAAAGAGGAUGCAGCAAAUAAUUAUGCUCGUGGACAUUAUACUAUCGGAAAAGAAUUAAUUGAUGUAUGCAUGGAUCGAAUUCGAAAACUAACGGAACGAUGUAAUGGCUUACAAGGAUUCCUGAUAUUCCAUUCGUUUGGUGGCGGAACGGGCAGCGGAUUUACAUCAUUGAUGAUGGAACGACUAUCCGUUGAUUAUGGGAAAAAAGCAAAGCUUGAAUUUAGUAUCUAUCCAGCACCACAAAUAAGUACAGCAUCACUACGUUUCGAUGGUGCACUGAAUGUGGAUUUGACCGAGUUUCAAACAAAUCUCGUGCCCUAUCCACGAAUUCAUUUCCCACUUGCUACUUAUUCACCAAUUAUCUCAGCUGAGAAAGCUUUCCAUGAACAGUUAUCGGUUUCGGAAAUCACCAAUAAAUGUUUUGAACAGGGUAGUCAACUAGUAAAAUGUGACCCACGAAAUGGUAAAUAUAUGGCUUGCUGUUUGCUCUAUCGUGGAGAUGUCGUGCCAAAGGAUGUAAAUUCAGCUAUUGCGAUGAUUAAGACAAAACGUACCAUUCAAUUUGUCGAUUGGUGCCCAACAGGUUUCAAAGUUGGAAUUAACUAUCAACCACCAACUGUGGUACCUGGAGGUGACUUGGCUAAAUUGCAGCGUGCUGUUUGCAUGCUCUCUAACACAACGGCUAUUGCUGAAGCAUGGGCCAGACUAGAUCAUAAGUUCGACUUAAUGUACGCCAAACGAGCUUUUGUACAUUGGUAUGUCGGUGAAGGAAUGGAAGAAGGUGAAUUCUCGGAAGCACGUGAAGAUAUGGCUGCACUUGAAAAGGAUUAUGAGGAAGUUGGUGCUGAUUCAUUUGAUGCGAUCGAGGAUGAAUACUAA